CUUCUCAUUCCUUCGCCGGACAGAAAAACCAGAAAUCCGAUCAUCUCCCCGGGCCUUUCUUUCCAGGUACGAUCAUACUGUUUCAACCGGAAUUCCGAUCACUGCCUGGCUGCCGAGAAAUCGUAGCCCGUGAUUCCCCUCCAUACUCGCAAAAAUGCAGAACGAAGAGGGACAGAGCGUGGAUCUCUACAUUCCCCGGAAAUGCUCGGCCACCAAUAGGUUGAUUACUUCCAAAGACCAUGCAUCUGUUCAGCUCAACAUCGGCCAUUUGGACGAGCAUGGGCUUUACACUGGCCAUUUCACCACCUUCGCUCUCUGUGGCUUCGUUCGUGCUCAGGGUGAUGGUGACAGUGCACUGGAUCGGCUCUGGCAGAAGAAGAAAGCUGAGCUCAAGCAGUAGUGAAUUUCAGACGCCUAGCUCUGGCUUGCUGAAAGAGUCUAUUGAGGAGGAUGGGUCUACGAACAGUAAUUUAGAGAGAAUGUCUAGAACUUAGUAUAUUGCUCCGAGCCAUGAAUUGCUAUUGCAGUUAGCUGGUUGUAGCUAGUGGUGGUCUAAGUAAAUAAUGUAAAAACUCUUCCUGCCAGUUUUUGCUGUGUAGGUCAUAAAGUACUUUAGCGCCUUCUGUUUCGAGUUUCGAUCAAUCGAUUUCUGGUCGUAAUCAGAUACAAAUCAGUAAAGUUGAGAUCUCUGCAUUUUAUGAGACGAUUUGCUGCUGGUAUCAAUCCUUUGUCGAGGAUGCUGCAUU